CCGGCAGCCAUCUUGGAGGCGGGGAAGCGCGCGGGGAGUUGCGGUCUGCAUCUUCCUUGUCUGCUGCUCCCGGCGGUGCUGCACCCCGACUUCCCUGCCCCGCGCUGUGUAGACGCUGUGCAGGCGCUCGCCCGGGACUCCAGAUCUCAGCCAGCUGUGACUUUCUGGGAGCUCUUUCCUGACCGCCAAGCCGAAAUCAGUCCUGUUGAGCAGAGCUCUUGCCCUCAGAGCGUGUGAUUGAGGCUGCACUGUCUUGUGCACUGGUGUUAUUUGAUUGUUUCCUGUGCUGGAGUUAUAUUGUAAUUAAGGAAAAAUGAUGGAAGAGAGUGGAAUAGAGACAACACCACCUGGGACGCCUCCCCCGAACCCUGCGGGCCUGGUUACCGCUGCUGUGUCUCCCAGCCCUGUUCCUUUAGCUGUGACCAGUUCUUUUCCCUCCGCGAACGUGUCCACUCUGGAGUCCUUGCCGCCGCACGCCUACUCGACCCCUCAGCCGUCCCUGGCGCCCGUCAGGCCCUCAGCACCCUUAUCUUUUGUGCCUCCUUCCCCGGUUCCGUCUGUCCCCCCACUGGGGACUGCAGUGCCACCUCCUGCGCCCUCGGCGCCUGCUGCUGCCUUCAGUCAUCCUCCUCCGUUCCACUUCCCACCUUCAACGUCGGCUCCCAGUGCCCUUCUGCCCGCCCCCACUCCAGGUCCCCCUACCUCAGGCUUUUCUGUUGGUGCGACGUACGACAUUACGAGGGGCCACGCCGGCAGAGCCCCGCAGACGCCCCUCAUGCCGUCCUUCUCCGCACCUCCGGUGACAGGUAUUUUGCCAACUCCCAUUACUCAGCAAGCCAGUUUGACAUCUGUGGCCCAGGGAACUGGAACCACAUCAGCCAUAACUUUCCCAGAGGAGCAAGAAGAUCCCAGAAUCAGCCAAGGUCAGGAUGAAGCAUCUGCUGGUGGAAUCUGGGGUUUUAUUAAGGGUGUGGCUGGGAAUCCUAUGGUGAAAUCUGUGCUUGAUAAGACGAAGCAUUCGGUUGAAAGUAUGAUUACAACGCUGGACCCUGGCAUGGCUCCAUACAUCAAAUCUGGAGGUGAACUGGAUAUCGUCGUGACCUCAAACAAAGAAGUGAAAGUCGCUGCCGUCCGUGACGCCUUCCAGGAGGUCUUUGGCUUGGCUGUGGUUGUAGGGGAAGCUGGACAGUCCAACAUCGCCCCACAGCCCGUGGGCUACGCAGCGGGACUGAAGGGUGCCCAAGAGCGCAUAGACAGCUUGCGUCGGACUGGAGUGAUCCAUGAGAAGCAGACUGCUGUGUCAGUGGAAAACUUCAUUGCGGAGCUGCUGCCUGACAAGUGGUUUGACAUUGGCUGUUUGGUGGUUGAAGAUCCUGUGCACGGCAUUCAUCUGGAAGCAUUCACACAGGCCACGCCAGUGCCUCUGGAAUUUGUACAGCAGGCUCAGAGCCUGACUCCCCAGGACUACAAUCUGAGGUGGUCGGGCCUUUUGGUGACCGUGGGUGAAGUCCUGGAAAAGAGUUUACUCAACGUCAGCCGGACUGAUUGGCACAUGGCUUUCACCGGGGUGUCUCGUCGGCAGAUGAUCUACAGCGCAGCCAAGGCAGUCGCAGGCAUGUAUAAGCAGCGCCUGCCCCCUCGGACCGUGUGAGCGAGACCUGUCAGGGAGACUGAGACCUUUCCUCACUGGUACCUUCUGAAAUUGAAGGCCUCAACGAGUCCAGCUGUUUUGAUAAUUUUCCUGUAGCUGCAGUUUUGCUUUUUGUAGAAAGACAUGGCGUUCUUUUAAUCGGUAAAAAAAAAAAACAAAAAAACAUCCUUUUUGUAGUCAUGUAAUUUCACGUCAUAGUUCUCAAAAAAGAAAAUAUACAAAUAUAUUUAUAGCACAAUUUAAUAUACCAAAUUUGUAAGGUGGGGAUUCAUGUGUAAAAACACUUAACCUCAUGAUAUGUCCUUGAUUAUUUUGUCGCUUAAAGAAGAUGUGGUUCAUUAAAGCAAAUGUUUAUUGAUUAUUCUUUAAAAGCAUUGCUUCUUUUGCUUCCCUUCCCUGAGUGGUUGGCGACUUGUGUGUCUGCACUGACCUUGAGCCUGGUGCCGGGCCCUGUGCGCUCACACUGUCUGCAAGUUGUCUGCUUGUCCAGUGUGUAUUUCUGUGCGUGUUUUUAAUAAUGGGGCCAAAAUAAUGGAAUUGUAAUUUUCUUCCUGGUUGUAGUCCAGAAAAGUACGCUUUUUUCUUUUUAAAAAUCAUGUUGGGCAUGUCAGAGGUUUCUCCUACAAACGCUGGGAGGGUGCAGUUCAUUUUUUCAUUGCUGUAUGCGAGCUCUGAGGGCAGAUGGUUCAGGGGUAGCUCAGAAGUAUGUGCGGAUUCUUGUAUGAUUCUGCUCAGUACUUCUGCGAACAGGCUCUGACAGCCAUUGUUUCUGCUCUUAACUUCUUCCCCAGACUAUGGUGAAGAAGUCUUUGAAAGGGAUUUUUGGUUGCUGAUGGGAUUGUAUGCCUCUUGUUUUCGUUACGGUUACUUCUUACUACUUUGCCUUAAACACUGGUUUUCUAACAUUGGGCCAUUCUGCCUUUUUAUGGAUGCUUUCAGAGAAACUGCUUUAUAUUCAAUCUGGUUUACUUAGUCCGUUAUGUUUGUAUCUAGAGAAAGCUUCCCCCUCCCCUCAAAUAAUAUAUUUUACCAUUUUUGAAUUUAUAGAAGUAAGAAUUAAAUAAGGUUUUUUCUUAUACUAUUGAACUCUGUAAAUUCAGGUAACUUUGAAGAUAAUUUCUUACAUAAAUGCAGUGUAAUUUCGUUGACUAUUCUGUGCAGUCCUUCACAUGUGGAAGAACUGGCCGCGUCCGGCUGGGGUGCAAAGGCGCGGGGCUCUCGGGCCACGCCGCCUGGACGCACACGGCUAGCGUUCGGGUAGUUUGUGACUUCUGACCUUCGUUACCUGACGUGGAGAAGCAGUAGGUGUUCAGUGGUGGGACCAGGAGAUGUGCUCGUUUCCAAGUGCCGUGUCGCCGUUGUCGAGGUUCGGACUUGGCGCCGCCAGCGGCAGAGCGGAGGCGCGCGUGGGAGAGGCGCGCGUGGGAGAGCCGAGGGUCACGGGCUCGCGGCGCAUCUGUCCGUCUGUCACGAGCCUGCUUUGCCUUCCGCUUCUGUCGCUUCUGUUGAAAAGCGAUCCUUUCCCGCGAGUAUCUUACGUGUCAUCACCCCGAUGACAAAAUCCCGGGCUUCGGCCCCAGACGGAAGGGGCGCGGGGUGCGUGUCCGCGCGUUUCUGCCUUACCCGGCCCCCGCAGCCUGUCGGGGCACAGCACGGCCCCACCCGGGCCUCCUGGGGUCGCCGUCCUGCCUGGCCAGCCUUCCGCCCUCUGGAGCCUGGAGAGGCACAGGUGCCGGAGACCAGCCAGGGUGCUGGCUUGGCCCGGCGUCCUCGCGGGAGGUGAGCAGCGCUUGGCCCUCCCCACCUGCUGCCUGCCGACCCCACUGCUGGCAAGUGCAGGACAGCCCCGGUCGUCGCCCCGGGUGGCCUGGCGGGCCCAGGGGUGGCUGCAGGCUUCCCGCUGGGGCCCCGGCCCUCGCGGUUUCGGAGGAGGCGACCCGUGGCUCAGUCCCUCGCUCCAGCUUGGCGCUGUACUCGGCGUGGUCUGUGUCAUGUGCUUCUCUUCUGACGAGCUCCAGCUGACUGAGUUUCAUCCAAAUGAUGGAAUUUGGUGAGCUUGUGCGUUUAUUUAUUAUGAUUAGUAUGAGAGAAGAGGGCAGGAGAGGCAGGCAGAGUGACGCAGUGUCAGCUCCCAGCAGACAGGGGUGCUGCCCGUUCUGAGCAGGGCCUGCUGUGACCGAGAGCCACGGCCUCCCGGGCCACAGCCACGCCGUGGCCUCCAAGGCUGGCGGCUGGCGACUUCCUCUGCUGCUUCCUGCCACUCUGACUUGCGCAUUCCCAGUUGAGAUGGGAGAAUAUAGGCAAAAGGACACUAUCUGUUAAGUGUCAACGUGAAGGGGACAGAUGAAAGUGUAUUAUGUACAUCUAUUCAAAAUUAUGCAAGAUAGCAACGACUCAGGGCCAGCAAACUUAAUCGGCUGUUGAAUUUACUGUGUUUCUUGACUAGAAAAAUAUUCCCAACAGGACUUGGAUUUGUGAAGCCAAAUUGAUAAUAUUCUGUGUUCUAAAAGUUGUUGGAUUAUACAUAGGUUAUUAAGAAAUUUGGAUUUUUACUCCUGGGCUAUGGUGUUCAUUUAUGAUGUUAUGCAGGAUGAUGUAAGUGUGUAAAUAUGUCCUAAAUAAAUAAUAC